AUGGAGGAUGAACGGAGAAAAAACGCAUCUGUAAUUAUAAUAGAAAACAAUGGGAGAACAGACGGGGUUGUAAAAAGCUCCGUGAAAGGUGUAAGAGAUCACUCUGCCAGCUUAUUGGAACCAGGAACCAGCAGGAUGAUUACGCUUGAGGUUAUCGUUCGAGGAAUCGAGGUUUCGCAAAGCAGCUGUCUGGAUGGGGAGGAACAGGAUCCAUGAUAUCCAAUUAGGAACUGUUGGCCAGGUUCAAGGUGCAAAAGAGCACACACUCCUCAACCUGGCGUACGCAAAGAGCAUGGAAACCAGUUAUUUACCACAUGGUAUGACGACUGCGAAAAGUAUGGUCUGAAAGCGCUUCUACGCAUGCGGAGCCAUUCCGUUCAGGAAAUCGUCGCUAAUGACAACGUGGAAAUUAGAAUCGAUACGCGAGUAAAAACUGCGAUUAGAUUAAAAGUGGAUCGACCAGACAUCCUAGUACACGACAAAAAGCGACGUGAAGUAAUCCUGAUACGGGUUGGCAUCACUGAUCAAGACAGAUUGAUAACAGUGGAGACCGAG